GAGAUUGUGGAAUUUACACAUUUAGAAGCGCGAUUUAAACGAUCGGACGUGGACGUGCACGAUCCAAUGCUAAAAUGGAUUGUAGUGCCAAACCGAAGCGGAAAAAUCCAUGUGAGGAAGCCAGCAUUCUAUCUCAUCUAACAUUCGCUUGGGCCGUGCCGUUAUUGCUACGUGGAUCACGAAAAGGUCUCAAUGCAGACGAUCUAACACAGUGCCUGAAGGAAGAUCACUCCGAGCAGCUGGGUAAUCGACUGGAGCAUGAAUGGUAUAGGGAAGUAGCGACUGCUCAAAGAAAGUCAAGAAACCCUGAACUUCGAAAUGCUUUGCUGCGAUGUUUCUGGACCCCAUUUAUUAUCAAUGGAAUUCUGUGCGUCAUAUACAUUGCACUCAAAAUGCUGAUAGCUGCAAUUUUAGCUCAGCUCCUGCUGCAGUUGCAACAAACAACAAAAACUGCCAGCUAUAAAUCUAUAAGUGAACCGGGCGAAUUGCUUAAUAAUAGUUCGUUGGGUAGUGCCAACAUAUCCCUGCCCGCAAAUGUUCUCAAUGCUAACAACUCCACCGAGACUUUGUUCUACGGCAUAUGGAAGGGCAUUUGGUGCAACGCGUACAGUCUUGGUGGAUUAUUGGUGGUCAUAAAUUUCAUCUCUUGCAUUCUGUGGCAUCAUCUGUAUUUGCGCCAACGUCUGAUGGGAGCUCGAAUGAGAAUUGGCUGUUGUUCGCUGGUCUAUCGGAAGACUCUCCGUCUCUCUAUGCGCACUGUGGGCGGCACGCCAGCUGGUCAUCUAAUCAAUCUCAUUUCGAAUGAUGUAAGUCGACUAGACUAUGCUUUGGUCUUUGCGCAUUACAUUUGGAUCUUGCCCAUCCACGCGGUGGUCACCUGCUACAUUGUGUGGCUCCAAGUUGGAGUUCCAGCUCUCGUGGGAGUUCUAGGACUGCUGCUGAAGACCGUGCCAGUGCAGAUGGCAUUGAGCAAGUUGACUGCAGCUCUACGGAAACGCAUUGCACAGCGGACAGAUGUGCGGGUGGCAAUAAUGAACGAGCUUAUGCAAGGCAUUCAAGUGAUUAAAAUGUAUGCUUGGGAGAACUCCUUUGAAACCGUGGUGUCUGAUGCAAGGCGCAGUGAAGUGCAGCAGCUGCGAUAUGCCAACUAUCUGUAUGGCUUUCAGCGCACAACCAGGUUUUUCAUACAACGUACAACUUUAUUUCUGACCCUGGCUGCAGCCGUCCUUAUGGGUCAGAGCGUUACGGCGGAUUUUGUGUUCUCCGUUGUCAUUUACUACAACACACUUCAACUUGUGGCCGCCGUUUACUUUCCCCUCGCCAUUAACUUGCGAGCCGAGGCUUUGGUGUCUAUAGCUCGUGUGCAGACAUUUUUGCUGCAGGAGGAACGUGAAAAAGUUUUGCCAAGCCCUGAACAAGAUGGAGUAGCAAAGGAUAUCCUUGCACUAAAGAACAUUAAUGCGAGCUGGGACAAGGGGAAGCUUCAGGUCACGCUUAAGAACGUUAAUUUGACCAUCAAAAAGGGACAGCUUUGUGCCAUCAUAGGCUCCGUUGGAUCAGGGAAGAGUUCUCUACUCCACUUACUUCUAAGAGAGCUGCCAAUCAUUGAUGGCGAUCUCAUUCUGCACGAGGAGCUCUCGUAUGCAUCUCAGGAGCCUUGGCUCUUCAGUGAAACGGUGCGAAACAAUAUUCUCUUUGGCGAGCAGUACGAUCAAAAACGAUAUCUGGAUGUAACCAGGGCCUGUGCGCUGAUCACAGAUUUUCAGCAGCUACAAGACGGGGACCAGACUGUUCUAGGAGAUCGUGGAGCUUCGCUAUCUGGUGGGCAACGAGCUCGCAUUAGUCUGGCACGUGCAGUCUACAAGAAAGCAUCCAUUUACCUUCUAGAUGAUCCUUUGAGUGCUGUAGAUGCGCAUGUUGGACGACAUCUCUUCGACGAGGUGAUUGGACCACGUGGCAGACUGGCUCAGCAGAAGGCCACCCGUGUUCUGGUAACUCAUCAGGUGCACUUUCUCUCAGAAGCCGAUUGGAUUGUCAUAGUGGAACAAGGCCAAAUCGUGGAGCAGGGCACGUACCAGGAUAUCAUCAAUAGCGAUGUGGAUUUUGCCAAAUUGCUAGAAGUCCCUGCCAAAACUGAAGAUAUGAUCGCUGAAAAGCAAUUCCAUGCUCCUCUACCCAAUGAAGUUGAAGAUCACGAUGAAGACGAGGAUAUUGACGAGGACUCGGAUGGUUUGAUGCCUUUGAAAAAACUGCGGGCGAGCGAUAACAAACUAUGCAAAACGAUCGCUGAAAGUGCCAGACAGCAGACAGUCGUUGAAAAGGAUAAUGGCCGAGCCGAGACCCAGGCAACGGGAGGGGUAUCCGCACGUGUCUGCUUCGAAUACUUCCAAGCGGGCAGCUCGUUGUUAAGCUUUAGCUUCAUGGUGUCCAUCAUGUUGCUAUCGCAAAUGGUUUGCAGUGGCUCUGACUACUUUUCGAACAUCUGGACGCAGCAGGAGCAUCUGCGAUCUCAAAGCGAGCCCACGAGUCUAACCACCUAUGAGUGCAUGUACAUCUAUGGAUGUCUUAUUCUCGGUGUGGUAUUUAUGACUACCUUCCGUGGUUUCCUAUUUCUGAAGACAUGCAUGCACGCUUCCAAAGUCUUGCACGACCGAAUGUUCCGAUGCAUUUUGCAUGCGACCAUGAGAUUCUUUCAUAGUAACACCUCGGGCCGCAUACUCAAUCGCUUCUCAAAGGACAUUGGCACCAUGGACGAAUGGCUGCCCCGAAAUAUGCUGGAGUUCAUACAACAUGGCCUGGUUAUACUUGGUAUAUUGGCCUUAAUUGUUGUUGUCAACCCCAUGCUAUGCCCCGCUGUGAUUAUUGUCACUGUUCUGGAUCUGCUCAUACUAAAAGUCUAUUUGCGGCCAUCGCAGGAUCUGAAGCGCAUGGAGGGGAUUUGUCGCAGUCCCGUGUUUUCUUAUCUGACCUCAACUCUGUCCGGCAUUUCAAUCAUACGCUCACGUCAGAUGCAAAGCACAGCUAUCAAGGAAUUCGAUCUACUGCAGGAUGUGCACAGCGCCGUUUGGCAGCUGGCUGAGUCCACAAACACGGCUCUUGGACUGUGGGUGGAUACAAUCAAUUCUGUAUUUCUCGCAGCUGUUACAUUCAGCUUUAUUGUUCUCAGCAAAGCUACUUACAGCGGCAAUGUUGGUCUGGCCAUCUCUCAAGCCAUUCUCCUCUCAGGCAUGGUCCAGUAUUGCGUACGACAGUUCGCCGAGUCACUCCAACAAAUGACAAGUGUAGAACGUGUAUUGGAGUACACGGAAUUGGAGCAGGAGCAGUCCGCGGCCACUGAUAGCAAUGAACUUUCUCAACAAUGGCCGCAGCACGGAAAGGUUGAAUUCCGAGACAUGAGCUUACGUUAUGAACCCAAUGGCUCCGCUGUCCUCAAACAUCUCAGUUUAACUAUUGAGCCAGGCUGGAAGGUCGGAAUCGUGGGACGUACUGGCGCAGGAAAGUCCUCGCUUAUUGGCGCUCUCUUUCGUCUGGCAUACAUUGAGGGUGAUAUCUACAUUGAUGACAUCGAAACAGGCAGCAUAUCGUUGGAGACGCUGCGUACUCGCAUUUCUAUUAUACCACAAGAUCCAGUCCUAUUCUCGGCCACCAUUCGGUAUAAUCUGGAUCCAUUUGAUCGGUACAGCGACUUGAAGUUGUGGUCUGCCCUCGAAGAUGUAGAGUUGCGAGAAGUGAUUCCUGGUCUGGAUUUUAUGGUCACCGAGCGCGGCAGCAAUUUCAGUGUGGGUCAACGACAACUCCUUUGCUUGGCCCGAGCGAUCCUGCGGAACAAUAAGGUGCUAGUGCUGGAUGAAGCAACGGCAAAUGUGGAUCUCCUAACCGAUUCUUUGAUACAGCGCACGAUCCGGGAUAAGUUUCAGAGCUGUACAGUGUUGACUGUGGCACACAGACUGCACACAGUCAUGGAUUCGGAUCGUAUUGUAAUAAUGGAGGCCGGUAAUGCAGUGGAAUUUGAUGUACCACACGCGCUGCUACAGAAACCACACGGAGUACUUACACAGAUGGUUGAGGCCACCGGCGGCGAGGCUGAUACACUGCGACAGUUGGCCAGUAAAUCAUUCCAGGAAAUGCUGCAGCCAGGUGGCAGGAAGGGAACGGAUGAGAGACAGUUGCUGAAACUGCUGGAACGUACUGCGGGAAUUCUCGUUGACAAGCAAGUGCCAUCUUAGCGACUCCAAGUCCAAAUAUAUAUGUAUAUAUACACACAAAUAUAUAUAGUCUUUGUUU